CUAGUCUAUGGCCGAAUGUCGAAUUUGUCCAAUGUUCGUCUUUCCAUCAGUCACGAGACAAAUGUAAUAAAAAUCGAAAAUACAUCUAAAGACUACGAAACUUCAUUUUAAAUUCGUAUUAUAGCUAAAUAUGACUUCUAUGUGUUAUUGUUCUGCAAAAAUGUCUUCGUUAGUUUCAUCUGAUCUCUUGUGAAAGGCUGGUGUCAAAGUACGAUUCAACUAAUGAAUGAUGCAGUCUAUUUUCUGGACAGGGAGACUGCUAUCACGUGCUUUAAGAAAUGGACUAUCAAAUUUCUCGAGUGCUGCUGAAUUAAAUGUUUCGACGACAAAACACCCAUAUUUAGUUUCAGUAGUGUGUGGUUUUCCAAAAGACAUUGCUAAUGGAAGAACUCGCAAAGGACAAUUCGGUGACGACGCAUGGUUCUCCACCAAUUCCAGCAACGCGGAUGUUAUUGGUGUGGCAGAUGGUGUAGGAGGAUGGCGUGCUUACGGGAUCGACCCCGGAGAGUUCUCCUCGUACUUGAUGCGGACAUGCGAGAGGCUCGUCCAAAUGGGACACUUCAAGAUGACAGAACCAGGAGAUCUGCUGGCGAAGUCCUAUUAUGAAUUGUUGGAACAUAAGAAACCAAUAUUAGGAAGCAGCACAGCAUGUGUAAUGAUCCUAGAUCGGUCAGAGAGCGUGAUGCGGGCAGCAAAUAUCGGCGACAGCGGUUACAUGGUUGUCCGCGGAGGUCGCGUGGUGCAUCGCUCACAUGAACAGCAACACUACUUCAACACGCCCUACCAACUCAGCCUACCGCCGCCCGGACACGACCGGAAUGUGCUAAGCGACAGGUAAAUAACUAAAUACAACAACAA